AUGCUGAAGCUAACUGCUCUCGCUAGUCUGCUACUGCCAGGGGCCCUGGCUGCACCUGCACCUGCAUUUGGCAUCCCGGGAUGGGGAACUCCGCCAGCCCAGUCGCCGGUGGUGAAUACGGUCAAGGUCGGUGGGAACACGUUCACGAACCAUGGUCUCGUGGGUGCGGGGUCUCUUCCAUCGGAUUUGCGUGACCAGUUCGGCGACACGAUUGGCGGGAUUGGCUCGGCGAUUGCUUUUGACCAGUUCUCGUUCAAAAAGAAUUUCGACGGUUCUUAUUCGGGUGUUCUGUAUGCUCAACCGGAUCGUGGUUGGAACACCGAGGGAACUACGAAUUAUCAUGCCAGGGUUCAUGAGUUCAGUUUGAAACUCAACCCUUAUUACGGCCAGAAUGCCCAGUCCGCUAAUAACCAGAUCAGUCUCAAUUAUCAAAAGUCUACUAAGUAUAGUGGUCCAAAUGGUAUUGAGACAACUGGUUUGGAUGCUGGAGAGAUUUAUACUUCUCAUGGCAUUGACUUUCCAGCCGCUUUUUUGCCUAAUUCUAAUCAAAAGGCUCUGGCUUUGGAUUUAGAGGGUUUGGUUCAUGAUCCUCGAGACGGCUCGUUCUGGGUGUCGGACGAAUACGGCCCUUAUAUCUACCAUUUCGAUUGUAAUGGGAGAUACCAGAACGUCAUUGUACCUCCUGACGCUUAUAUUCCAUAUAUCAAUGGAGUCAAGAACUUUACUGGUAACACCGACCCUGAUGUGGGUCGUGAGUCAAAUCAUGGUUUCGAGGGUCUGUCCAUUUCUUCAGAUGGAAGAUACCUGUAUGCUUUAUUACAAGCUGCGUUGGUUCAGGAUGGUGGAACUCAUGCUACCAGAGAAGAGUACACCAGACUUGUCAAGUACGACAUUAGCAAUCCAUUUGGCGAACCCAAACUUGAAGGCGAAUAUGUGGUUGUUCUUCCGCAAUUCAACGACCCUGCUGAGGCCAAGAAUCCCAGAACUGGCGAGUCUAGUGAACUGCAUUUCAUCAACGAUAACCAGUUUUUGUAUCUUCCACGAGACAGCGGUCGUGGCCAGGGCCAGUCUAACGGCACCUCGAUCUUCCGCAACGCUGAAAUCUUCGAUAUCAGCUCCGCUACUAAUAUCGCCGGUUCGAAAUACGACAAUUCAAGUAACCCAGUGGCUCCUGAUGGAAAAAACCUUGACUCGGGCGUGGUUGCUGCUACUGGUACUCCAUUUGUCAACUACGACGACAGUACCCAACUGGCGCGAGUCGGGAUGCAAAACAGCAACGCGGGCAGUUCAAACGAUCUCGACGAGAAAUGGGAGAGUCUAGCCCUCGUGCCCACUUUCAACGCGCCAAACGAUUACUUCCUGUUCACCAUGAGCGACAAUGAUUUUAUCACCCAGAACGGAUAUCUCAAUGGCCAAAAAUACAAGGACGACUCUGGACUUAACAUGCCUACCCAGAUCCUUGCGUUCUGGGUGACUUUGGGAGGCGUCUCUCAGGGGGUCGAGCUUGUAGAAUAA